CACACAUCCGCUCGAUCAGAUCUGCCUGCCUGCCCGUGUCUUCUUCUCUAUGGAGCGUUUUGAUUGAUGUGAAUUCUACGCAAUAAACGCUUGGCGUGAAAUAUUUCCUAAGCAUGGCUCAGUUACUAAUUGCCGUUUUGUCUAUUAUAUUUGUGCCUGUUGUUUUACUUAUUUCGGCAGCAGUUUUAUUAGCAACGUUUGGCCAAAGUUUUGGUCUCAGGAGAGCCUAUGUUGGUAUUCUGCUCAAAGUUUUCGAGGCUUGCAAAUUGAAAGUACCGGUGACUAGUCCUGGUACUGUUGAAGAGGAAGACAGUGAAGAGGAGGAAGAAGAAGAGGGUCCAGUUAAAGAGGAAAAAGAAUAUCAAAUCGAUGAGUUGUUCUCAAGGAAAGUAGAUGGGCAUUCUCCAGAUGAAAAUGAUGAGGUCCGGGUGAUUGAUAAGGAUUUUUCUUUGACUGCAUUCAAAGGAUUGCAAAAACCUGAGUGGGAACCUUUUAAGAAGGAAUUUGAACUGUCUGAUAUUAUGUACUUCUCAAAGUGCGGUGUGGAGGCGAUCAUUGAUGAUGAUGUAACAAAGCGUUUUUCUGCUGAAGAACUUGCAUCUUGGAACUUAUUGACGAGAACUCACAAACCUCAUCUGUUUAUGAGUGUACGCCUCACAGCUUUGUGGUGCAUAGGCUGCUUUGUGCGCUAUGCAGUAUUGUUGCCCUUCAGAUUGACAAUAUUCUUCAUUGGGUUCACCUACAUGUUCUUUGCUACCGCUUUUAUUGGCUUCCUGAAAGAAGGAAGCAUCAAGAGACAACUAUGUUAUUAUGCCAACAUGGUGUGCUUCAGGAUUUUGUGCAGAUCGUUUUCUGCUGUGAUUACAUUUCAUAACAGGGAGAACAUGGCAAAGAAUGGUAUUGUAGUGGCCAAUCACACUUCAAUCGUGGAUGUUUUCAUGCUCUCUCAUGACAACUGCUAUGCUAUGAUUGGUCAGGCACACAAUGGUUUCCUGGGAUUUUUGCAGAGGGCUUUGUCUCGAGCUACAUCUCACAUCUGGUUUGAGCGCUCAGAGACUAAAGACAGAAGUAUAGUGGCCAGGAGAUUGAGAGCACAUAUUGAGAAUCCAUCAAAGAUGCCUAUUCUGAUUUUCCCAGAAGGUACCUGCAUUAACAAUACAUCUGUGAUGAUGUUUAAAAAGGGUAGUUUUGAAGUGACUGAGACGAUAUACCCAGUUGCUAUCAAGUAUGAUCCUCAGUUUGGUGAUGCUUUCUGGAACAGCAGCAAAGAAUCAUUCACACAGCAUCUACUGGGAAUCAUGUCCAGUUGGGCAUUGGUUUGUGAUGUCUGGUACCUUCCACCCAUGACUAGACUGGAAAAUGAAGAUGCAGUUGCAUUUGCAAAUCGUGUCAAGUCAGAAAUUGCUCGACAAGGGGGUUUGGUAGAUCUAGAUUGGGAUGGUGGAUUGAAACGAGCAACUGUAAAGGACUCCAUGAAAGAGGUUCCUCAAGAACAAUACAGCAAAAUUCUCAAAGUGGACUGAUCACGAUUCAUCAGUGUCCAUUGAAGUAAAUGUCUUCACCAGUACUUUCACAUACACCUUGCCUGCUAACUCAACUAGAUUCUUAUUUGAAUCAUACGCAUUGCUUGCCUUUCAAUUUUGUCUUUUACAAUACCAGUACUUCUGGUAUGCCUGAUUUCAUUGUAAAGACUAGAACAAUAUUUUGCCUGGUAUACUGUCAUUUGGUUUGACUGCGGUCAUCAAGUUUGUGUUGGGGUGUUAAGUUUUCUGAAAAGUUGUUGGCUAUUGAGUUGUAAAUUUAUCUUCUGUUGUGGAAUUUGGACAAGAUGCGACUGAAAGAAAAGGUAGCUAAUGGUUUCAUGUUGUUAAGAAUUUUUUCUUCUAAUUUUUUUGUGGUGUACUUGGAAUCAAUAUGAAGAUAUAUAUAUACUUUAAUUUUUGUAGUGAAUAGCUGAAAUAUCAUUGGAAAUGUGUUUUUAACAGCAAUUUGGUUGUCAACGGAUUUUUUCUAAUUUGUGCAAAAUGGCUUUCUGUCCUGUAAGUUUUCCCACUUACUGUUAAAGAAAACGUCUUUCAAAGCUUGAUAAAGCAAUGGGCACUUCAUAUUUAUUUCAAAUCUCGUCUUUGUUGACUUUGUAGACCGGGUUUUCUCCUUUUUGAGGUUUCAAGGCAUGACACAUUAUGUUGCUACAGUUGUGUUGCAACUGUUUUGAGGACAUAGUCUUGUGGUGUUAAUGUUACAGUCCUGAAGGUUUUUUGUGUAGACAGGUUUCAAAGGGCAUUAUCAUGAUGUAGAGUGUAAUUAUGUCACGGCGUGGUGGAAUCAGGCACUCGUCAAUUUAGAGUCUUAUGGAGUUAUUGGUAUCAUCUUAAAGCCAGUCCAUAUGCCUUUCUUGUAAUUAAAAAAAUAUCCAUUAUCUGUGAUGCAAGUCAAGGUAUUGUAGACUGAAGGAGAUGGGGGUCACCUGGUUUCAGAGGUAAAGUUAACGAGAAAAUGGCCGCCAAAGUUGAGCUAUUUCCUUAGCUUGAGAAUCCCUGGAGACUGAAGAUUUACACCUUUUAUGCCUUUAAUCAACAUUUUUCAGUAAAAUUCACACAGAAAUGUGUUCUUUAAUGGCCAUGAAAGGUGUUGAGCCGAGAAACAAAAUUCGACAAAUAUUCCCAAAACUGGGGAAAAUGCCAGUUUCUUCACUUUCAUUAUUUUGACGAGCCCCUGAUUACGCCACGCUGCCACACAAUUUUUUUGUGUGUGCUUUGUAUACAUCAUGUGUCUCCGAAACAAAAAGAUUAUAUUAUCUCUGAUCAAUACAUGAUCAUGCUUUGAUAGUCAUGUAUGACCAGGCUAAACUAAUAGAGCUGAUUUUUCAGAAUGAGAGAAUGUGAGUUCUGACUUUCCUUCAAUUACUUUUGUAAUUUUUCAUUGGCAUGGGGUCUAAAUGUAAGGCAACUUAUACAUUGUCUUGAAUUGCAAAUAAUGAAAAAGGCCUUUUGUCUAGUCCAAAACGCUGGACUUUAUUUAGUGUGCUACAUUAUACUGAAAGGAUGACAGGUUAUCCGUUUAUCAAAUAUUCAAGACCCUUCCCUUAUCUUGGCAAGUUAACCAAUGGGAGACAGGCUACUCAACAAAUAACUUCAACCAAUGGCAGACAGGCUACUCACCUUCAAAGAAAGUCUGCUGACGUUUUUUAAAAUUGUAAAUGUAUGUAAUAGCUACUUCAUAAUGUCUUUAAAAUUAAGUUUUUGUUUUUAUUUUCUUCCUAGGUGCUAACAGCACGCAGUUUAAAGCAUUAAUGGUGAUGUUUUAGUGAGUACAUAGAUAGUGCAGUAGGAUGUUGAAUGUCAUAAAAAUGGAAAACUGUUUUAUAUUUCUAAAGCCUUUCAGCAUGGUGGAUGCUGUUUCUUCCCUUUGAUCAAAUGUAUGUGGUUCAGUGACAAAACGUUCUCUAAAGCUACAUGUAGGAUUCAUUUCAAUAUUUUAAUUUUAACUUAGUUGGCAUUGGAAAGCAAAUUUGAAUUCUGUGUAUAAAAUAAAUGAAGCAACAUUCACUUAUUUUUGCAGGCAAAUCAGUCCACUACAGUUAAGUGUUUGGGGCUCAUUUAUUGUAAUGAUCAUCCAAUCUGUGUGUCAUUACUUUGAGCGUGCAUGUUUGGCUUAGAGCAUUUACAUGUCUAGAUCUGUCAUUGGACUUCCAAAUGGUUGUGCAGACUCCCAUCAUACCACAUCCAUGCUCCUUUCACAAUACAAGUUCCACAUCAUGCCUUCACGUAUUUCAUGUGAACUGUCAAAUUCACAUUUAUAUCUCUCAAAUGGAUUGGUGAAAGUUUUUAAAUUGUAUGACCACCUUUUUCUUCUCAUUUUUCUUUCUGCUGAAAAUUGAACAGUUUAUGAAAAAGAGUCGAAAAUGAGACAUGUUUUCUCAGAAAAUAAUCAUUAAUCACUUCAACAAGAAUUACUUGUAUAAAAACAAAGCUGUAUUGUAAACAGAAAGAUGCCCACACCUUUUGCUCAUAUUGUGUAAAAUUUGGGGGGGGGGGGGUAAUUAUUUAAAAAAUAUGUUAUGUCUCUAUGUCUCUUUUAAAGUUUCCAUGAAUUUUAGUUAUGACUUCUCUUACACUGUACAGGAUACAUGCUGUGUAUAUGAUGGAAGUGAGAAUUGGUCUAUGUAGCAUGAUCAAGUGUUUGUUAACUUUUAUAAUGCUAAUGAUGUCUUCUGAUAUCUGGAUUCUUUUGUGGCAUUGACCUUCUUUGAGACAGUAUUGAUUAAUCUUGCAAACUUUUCUUUUUUGAAGGAAAACAAGUGAAAAAUAUGAUUUCCAACUUUGUCUUGGGAUUCAGGUCGAGGACUGGGUGUAUGUCUUUUAACAGAAUGUUGAACAGUUUCAUGGUAGCGUUUUUUCUGUGCCUCUCGGCUUGAAGAAAUGAGCUUUCAUUAUUCUGAGGCAAUGAGUUUACUGUCAAUGAAUUUCUUUUCAAUCAAGAACACCCAUGAGAGCAAUCUGGAACACCCAGGAGAGGUGCAUUUGAACAGCUUCCACUUGUGCAAUUCUGACUGCCUCUGUUGUACAUUUUAUUGUCAGUAUUUCUGUGUUGUGUAUGGUGAUUUGUGGUUUGUAUUUUUAUUUUUAUUUUCGUUUUAUAUUUUGUUGUUUUUUGUCUUGAAUGUGUAAUUGGUGGGCAGUCUUACAUAGUAUGCUCCUUCUGAUUUUUGCCCCGUGUUAGAAUUUUAUUAUCCUUUUCUGUUCUUGGCCUUUAUGUAGCAGACUCCCUAUAAGUACACCUUCACAUAAUGAAUUGCUGACUUAAUUUUCAGAAUUAUUUUGUUUUGAUAUAUCUCAGCGUAUGGAACCAGUACCUCCACAUAAACAGGUGACUGCAGUCAACAUGAAUACAUUUUAAGUAGCACUGAAAGAACAAUAUUUACUUUUUUGUGUGGACUACCAUCGUGCAGGGAAAGUGUCUGUGUGAUUGGCUGAUUUGACAGAUUUCUGACUUUUUUUCCCCCCCAAGUAUUACUAUCAGUGGUAAACAACAGAACUGGACAGCAGUUUAAUCUUUGCUUUAGAAUUUGAUCAACACAAAAGUAAAAAGUGGUAAUUUAUUGACCAGUAUUAAGCAUUUUAUUCUUCCUUGGGUACCUGCAAUAUUUUUUAUGUUCAUUACGAACAUUUCUCUCUUUUAUGCAUCCCAAUAGAAAACAUCCAUGAGGGACCAUGCUUGCGACACUUUUACAAAUGCAGACCGUAUUGAAACAAAUUAAUGGCAUAGGCAUCGCCUUGUCCAAGGAAACAAGAGAAGGUGAAGUCAGAAUUCACUCACAUGAUCCAGGGUACACACGAGUUGAGCAUUCUUGUAAUAUCCAACUCAUAGUCUGUUCAGAUUCCUGCUGAUACUGUUUGAUGUUUCUCAAAUGUUUACCUGGGCUUUUGGUUUGACAUAAUUCAGCUGCUUGCAAAAAAUAGACAUAUUUACUGCCAACCCCAGAUACAUGUAUUGACUUUAGGACGUGGAAUAGGCUGGUGAAAUUGAUGACAAUGUGGCUUUCAGCAGGGCCUUUCAUCUGACUAUAGUAAUCACCGACAAUUACAGUAUGAGCUGUGAUAAAGAAACGAUAAGCAAAAUGUUCAAGGCCAUUAGUGUGGUUAUGUAAGUUCUAUCUUUUGCAUACAUAUCUUACCUGAGUUUUUGUGUUUGGAAUAAUGGCUAACGAAUGUCUCUACUUACUCCAUUUUGACAGUGCAAAAGUAAUUCUUUCGUAUGUGUUUCUUUAUUGUAGUAAAUGUAACAAAUAUUAUAUUGCUGAGAACCGUGAGUGACUUCAAAAACUGUAAUCAGAGAUAGGCUACUUGUAGACACCUGCCCUUUUAAAUUUUACUCUCUUCUCCUUUUUAAAAAAAGAAUGUCUUUUGUUUGAUUAUGCUAUUCCAGCUGCAGUAUUGUGUUUUGUGCUAUGCUGCUGUUGCAUUUACUGUUUUUAUGUGAUAAAAAAAAAAAACCUAUGUUAUACACUCUACAAUUUCUGUUUUUGGAUACCUCAUUUUUUUCCUUUUUUUGUUCACAUUACUUAAAUCUUUAAGAGUUUGCAUGUAAUUCAUUUAUGUCUUUGUUUUAUGUUUAAUUGCUAUUUGAAAGAGGAGCCAUGGCACCAGAUCAAUGUUCAGACUGGGAAAUGAAUCCCAGAUCUUGUUUAUGGUACAGAGUGACCAUUUUGUACUUAAUUGUUUUAGGACAAUAGUAUUUCACAAAUAGUUUCUGUUAACAGUUUCACAAAAUUUAGAAACACGACAGAAGAUAAUAGGGCUGUUAUUAUUUCUGUUAGAUUAAGUACACUUCAUGGAAGUCGGAGCAAUGAUAUUUCAGGAUUUUCUCGGUAUUGAGAGAUUUCAUUCCUUCCUGCUUACAGGAAAUAAAAAAAAUCACCAACUUGGUCAAAGGUUAUAUUACAAGAAAUUGAACUUUUUGCCAGUAGUGCUCCAAGGUGAAUCAGCCCUGUAUAGAUGAGUCUCUGUCCAUGUGUGGGGUGUUUUAAUGCUAUAAUCAGUUGUAAUUUAAUGAUGAGGCAUAUGCCUAUGUCAGGAUUUUCUCUAGAGUUACUAUCACUCUGUAGAAUAUUUUGUUCUGUUGACCAUCAUGCCUUACUCAAGUUUAUAAGAUAUCAUAAGUUAUGGAGCAGUAGCUGAAUGUUGCCACCCAAUAAAAUCAUAUUUAAUGGAAGUAGAAAAAGAGCUAUGUGAGACCUGUUGGUUCUGUUAAUAGCAGCUUGUGCAGAAAGGGAUGCCUGCUUUUUGUCUGAAUGAAUCAUGUUUUUUUCUUCAAAAUGUGACAAUUCUUAACCGUGAUUAAACAUUCUUAUCAUGUCUUGACCUUAACUCUGGACUAAAGAAUUUUUUUCUUUAUCCAUGACCCCGUUGUAAAAAUGUCUCCUAUUACUCCUAAACAAUUUUGCUCAUUGACUAUUUGUGUAUUUUGUUUCUUUUUCUUUUGUUUUCAAAAACUUCCAGGAAUGUACUGUGUGAAUGAAUGUUUCACUGUAACCUGAUUUGUUUUUGGCUGGUGGUUGUUUCACUAAGUGUGUGUAGUGUAAACGGUUGAUAAGCUGGACUAGAAGUUUUGACUUGUUUCAAGAAGUAUAGAUUACUGAAAGUACAUACAUUUUUGUCCCCCUCCCAAAAAAAGAAAAAAUCUUGUGAUAUUUUCACAAACUAAGACUGCUAGUACGUGUAAUAGUUUUGGGUAUGAUUUUUCUCCUCCAGUGGGCUCCGACUUCUUUAAUUGAAAGGAGAAAAAAGUUAUGCUGUUUGAGUUGUCAAUGACUUUUACCAAAGGUUGUGGCACUUAACUGCAUGUAGCUCCUGGUUCCUCUUGUUCUCUGAGCAUGAUAGGAAAAUUAUGUUCUGUUUAUUCAUACCCUUUUAAUCUGAUAAAGAGACUUAAAAAGCCAAGUUCAAGCUACCUUCCUGUGUGUCCAAUGAAUGAAUGCAGUCAUUGAGUCCACAUACUUUUUUCGUGUCUUUAGAUGUUUGUCUAUGUGUUCAUGAUAUGUAAGAUAAAUUGUGCUAGUUGCAUUUGUCAGUCAUAUGGUUACACUUGAGUGAUUUUUUGUUGUGUUCUUGCUCAAGAGAAUGGAUGAGUAUAAAAAUAAAAGUAUUGGAAAAGAGUGAAUAGAAUCAGAAUAGAGUACUUAUAUGUCGCUAUGCUAUUUUACUGGCUGGAGUAAAUUAAAAAUAACACUACUUUUAGUUUUUAAAUACAAUGUUGCCUCUAUUUUGUUCUUCUGCAUGUUUCCAGUAAUGAGUUGUAUUCAUUAAAAGCAAAAUUUCCCCUCACUGUUGCAUAUCAUAGGCUCGUAACAAUAUUUUAAACUCAAUUAUCUUUUCACACAGUGUAUAUUGAUAUAAUAUGAGUAAGAAAAGUAUGUAUUUUUUUUAUUCAUCAACAAUCAAUUGUUGAAAUAUGUUAUGAAGCUCCACAACUUGGUGCUGACCUUUUACAUAGUGAGCAAACUGCUGCUGUAAGUGAGUGGACAUGCUGUCAACUCUAAUUUAACAACUUUUUUUUUUUCCUUUUUGUAUCAGCAUGGUUGGAAUUAUGACUUUGAAGGCAAAAACACUCAUUCUUUUAGAAAUGUUGGUGAAGAAAAGUUGUGGAGUUGCUUUUAAAAAAAGAGCAAAAAAUGUGAAAUAUAAAUUCAUUGCCUCUUCUUGGGGCUUACGUUUGGGUAGUCAAUAUUUUUAAUGAGGGAGUUGUAUGGCCAUAAAUAGAAUGUUUCUUCAGAUAGAUUCAUUGAUUUGGGGAAGGGAAAGGCAAAGCUGUGGCGGAAAUUUUGUUUAAAAAUCUGGUCAAUUCUAUAUUAUUGAUCAUUCUUCUGUGUUCUCAUAUUUUUAAGGUUCUGUGUUCAGUCAUACUUGUGGAAAGUUCAGCUUCCCCAACUCACUCAAAGAAUGUUCAUAUUGUGAAAGCUUCAGUUUUAUGUACUACUGAUUCAGUCUUUUGUUCAGGCUGUUUCAAAGAGACUGACAAUUUUCUAAAUUAUUCAGCAUUGUUUUUUCCAUUAAGUUGUUGGCAGAUAUCUAAGUCUAUGUACUAACUGAUGGGAAGGUUAGCGUGCUGGGUUUUUUUUUAGGCGGUCACACUCUACUUCUAACAACAAAAUCUGCAAUUAAGUGAUUUUUACUUGUUUUUUUUCUCAUUUUCUCAACGUAUUCCAUUCAAGGAUUAAAAAUAUUUAGUUUUGGGAAUCGUUAUCAGUUACAUAAUCUCAGAAAAGGCAAAUUAGAGUGAAAUCAGGCUCUCUAAAGGACCAUUUUCAAAAGCUAAAAACUUAAAACCAUCCACGCUAUCUAUGAACUAAUUACAUAUUUGUGAUCUGCAUAUAAAUCUUCAGAAAAUGACUCUUGAAAUUGUAAAUAUAUAAAUAAUUUUAUUACUUUUUUUUAGAAGACUUGCAAAUUAGCGAAUGACAAAAAUAGUCGAAAUAGCAAAGUUAAAGUCUUUGAAAUAUUUGUUCUUUUUAAUUACAAAAAACUAGCGUAAUUUUAUUUGGAAUUGUAUGGUGCACUUACACUCCAAAUUUCAUGUUGUAAAGACUUCUCUGUUGACACCAACCCCUUGGCGCUCAUAUGACCUUAUGCAGUUGCUAGCGCUGUAAAACCCUCUACUAUAAAAAAA